AUGCUAAGAGGCCGCCGCGGACCCGCCCUUGGCGCCCGCGGCGGUGCCUUGAGCCGUCGUGGACCCGCCCUUGGCGCCCGCGGCGGUGCCCUGAGCCGCUGCGGACCCGCCCCUGGCGCCCGCGGCGGUGCCCUGAGCCGCCGUGGACCCGCCCCUGGCGCCCGCUGCGGUGUCCUGAGCUGCCGCGGACCCGCCCCUUUCGCUCGCGACGGUACCCCUGCCUCACCCGCGCCUGCACUCGGUGCAGCCGCCCCUGCACCACCCAUCGCCUGCCCUUGGAGCAGCCGCCCCCGCUCCUGCACUCGGUGCAGCCGCCUCUGCCUCACCCCGCGUGUGCACUCGCUGCAGCCGCCCCUGCCCUACCCGCGCCGACCCUCUAUAGCCGCUCUACGGCUUUCUCCCCGCCCCCCCCCUCCUCCUUCGUCUCCCUGCAGCCGUGGGGGGGAGGGUAUGGGGGUGGCGGGUGUGGGAGUGAUGGGUGGUGUGCUUCCCUUCCCCUCCUCCUCCUUUUGUUCCCACUGCUGCAGCUGCCGCUGGGGGGGAGGGUGUGAGGGUGUGGGGGAGCCGGGGGAGCGACACUGGGGUGGCGGGUGUGAGACCAACCAGCAGCCGUCCCGCCACCUCUCCUCUCUUCCCCCCUCUGCUGCUCCUGUAGCAGUGUGGGGGGGAGGGGGAGGGGGAGGGUGA